GGAGCCCUUGGUGGGGAGACCAGACGGGUGAGGGCAUGGGGAGGGGGCGCGGUGGGCAGAAGAGUUGGAAGAUCAUAGGGACAGCAGAGGAAUGCUGGGGAAACCCGGGUUACUGGGGUGCUCGGAAAGCUGAGCCGCGAGGGAACUGGGGCUCCCAUCCGUUUGGGAGAAGCUCUGUCGGGGAAGAAUGGGAGAGCCCGCCGCGGGCAGAGGGAAGCCAGGGGAAGGUUUGCUGGUGAGUCGUGCGGAGUUACAUACGCGGGGCCAUUAAGUAGAGGCAGGGGUCGGGCUGAGAGACACGGUGGGGGAGGGCGGGAUGCUUUACAGCCAGUCUGGGACUGGGAGGCCGGAGCGGGGUGGAGGCCAGAGCAGAGUCCGCUGGGAUCUGCGGGGCCCAAGGCCGCAGCAGUCCCGCCCCCAGCCCACUGUGACCACCCUCUGGGGCCCACAGGAGUUCCUACCCUGCGCACCCCAGGGCUCACUUUGUACUCACUAGGGACUGGCAGGCUUCCGGCUUCAGGGACCAUGCCUCUAGGGCUGGGGAAGGGAAAGCCUGGCAAAGUCUGGGCCCCGAGGACACUGGAGGAGAGCGAAUGGGAAGCUUUGGGGUGAGGCACUCGGGUCGUGCUGCCUGGCGGAGCGAGGGCUGCUUGGCAGCAUCAUGAAGGGAGAGUGGUGCCAGCUGCCUGUCCCGGGACCUGCCCAGGCCUGGAGGGUGCCAUCCCGGCCCCCAAUUCCAGCAGGUGGGGGAGGCAUCUCCUCUCCCCGCUGCCUGACUCAGUCACUGCUAAAGCAGUGUUGGGAGGCUGAGUGGAGAAAGAGAUACGGCGUCCCUCCCCAGCUUCCAGGAGUCACAGAGGCUGGGGAGGUGGGCAAGGGAUUGUGUGCGUGGGUUCCCUGGGGGCCGCUUUCUGGGGGUUCCCGCCCAGGUUUUGCCCUUCACUGGCUCUGUGCCCCUGAGCAAGCCCUGAGCAGGGUCCUUAUUUGUCACUGUGGGGUGAAGGAGUGAUCCUGGUUCUCCCUGGCGAUCUGCUACUUGUUAUCAGCAUCAGGACUAGGGAAAGAACAGAGAAGAGCCUGAGCCAUGGGGACCCUUCAUUUCCCAUUUUCUGACAAAUCUUUUUCCAAGCUCAGCUUUCCAGGCACAUCAGUAACCCGGGUUUCCCCAGAAGGCUCUUCAGAUCUUUCCAACUCCUCUGCCCCACCCUCCCCGUGUCCUCCCCUGUCAGGUCUCCCCACCCAGUGCUCCCUGGUUCUCCCAGAGCCCCCACCCCGGCCCUUAUCCCCCAGGGCGGCAAGAUCUCUGGUAUCUGCGUCCCUCCCCUGCUUCUCUGCUCUCCUCUCUCUUCGUUUGCUCUCCUGGCCUGUCUCUGACCGUGGGGUUUCUUCUGGUUCCCAGUAUUGGCCCACUCGACAUGUUGCCUUGCGUUUUGUGUUUAGAUCUGGUGGUGCUCCAGGGAGCGGCUGCAUCAGGUGUUACGUGAGCCAAGCCCUAACCGUGCAGAAGAGUGAGAGCUGAAACCUGCUACCGCAUCAGAAGGCAUCCCUCCCGGGGCUUGCUGGGCUGUGGACACCUCCCGGGCCCCUCCGUCUGGGCCCCGUGGAUAGGAGGGGCCGGCCGAGCAGGCAGCUGGGCUAUGGUUUGCUGCCUCGGUCUGGCCGUCCUCAGCCUGGUCAUCAGCCAGGGGGCUGACGGUCGAGGGAAGCCUGAGGUGGGGUCAGUGGUGGGCCGGGCUGGCGACAGUGCGGUGCUGGGCUGUGACCUGCUGCCCCCGGCUGGCCGGCCCCCGCUCCAUGUCAUCGAGUGGCUGCGCUUUGGAUUCCUGCUCCCCAUCUUCAUCCAGUUCGGCCUCUACUCUCCCAGAAUUGACCCCGAUUACGUGGCACCCCCUCAAUUCCUGGAGACCCCUCCCCAGGUGCUGGAAGUUCAGGAACUGGAGCCUGUGACCCUGCGUUGUGUGGCCCGUGGCAGCCCACAGCCUCAUGUGACUUGGAAGCUCCGAGGACAGGAUCUUGGCCAGGGCCAGGGCCAGGUGCAAGUGCAGAAUGGGACGCUGUGGAUCCGGCGGGUGGAACGCCGCAGCUCUGGGGUCUACACCUGUCAAGCCUCCAGCACUGAGGGCAGUGCCUCCCACGCCACCCAGCUGCUGGUGCUAGGCCCCCCGGUCAUCGUGGUGCCCCCCAAGAACAGUACGGUCAAUGCCUCCCAGGAUGUUUCCUUGGCCUGCCGGGCUGAGGCGUACCCUACCAACCUCACUUAUAGCUGGUUCCAGGACAGCGUCAACGUGUUCCACGUUAGCCGCCUGCAGCCCCGAGUGCGGAUCCUGGUAGACGGGAGCCUGCGGCUGCUGGCCGCCCAGCCGGACGAUGCGGGCCGCUACACCUGCGUGCCCAGCAACGGCCUCCGUCGCCCGCCCUCGGCCUCUGCCUACCUCACUGUGCUCUACCCAGCGCAGGUGACAACGAUGCCUCCUGAGACCCCCCUGCCCGUAGGCAUGCGGGGGGUGAUCCGGUGCCCGGUCCGCGCCAACCCCCCACUGCUCUUCGUCAGCUGGACCAAGGAUGGGCAGGCCCUGCAGCUGGAUAAGCUCCCUGGCUGGUCCCAGGGCCCCGAGGGCUCCCUGGUCAUCGCCCUGGGGAACGAGGAUGCCCUGGGAGAAUACUCCUGCACCCCCUACAACAGUCUCGGUACUGCAGGGCCCUCCCCGGUGACCCGCGUGCUGCUCAAGGCUCCCCCAGCUUUUCUAGAACGACCUAAGGAAGAAUAUUUCCAAGAAGUAGGGCGGGAGCUACUCAUCCCCUGCUCUGCCCAGGGAGACCCCCCUCCUGCUAUCUCUUGGGCCAAGGUGGGCCGGGGGCCGCAGGGCCAGGCCCAGGUGGGCAGCAACAGUAGCCUCAUCCUGCGACCGCUGACCAAGGAGGCCCAUGGGCGCUGGGAGUGCACCGCUAGCAAUGCCGUGGCCCGAGUGGCUGCCUCCACACAUGUCUACGUCCUGGGCACCAGCCCACACGUUGUCACCAAUGUGUCCGUGGUGCCUUUGCCCAAGGGUGCCAAUGUCUCCUGGGAGCCCGGCUUUGAUGGUGGCUAUCUGCAGAGAUUCAGUGUCUGGUAUACCCCACUGGCCAAGCGUCCUGACCGAACCCACCACGACUGGGUGUCGCUGGCAGUGCCUGUGGGGGCUGCUUACCUCCUGGUGCUGGGGCUGCAGCCCCAUAUCCAGUACCAGUUCAGCGUCCUAGCUCAGAACAAGCUGGGGAGUGGGCCCUUCAGUGAGAUCGUCUUGUCUGCCCCCGAGGGGCUUCCCACCACGCCAGCUGCCCCCAGUCUUCCGCCCACUGAGAUGUCACCUGCCCUGUCACCUCCCCGAGGCCUGGUGGCAGUGAGGACACCCCGGGGGGUGCUCCUGCAUUGGGAUCCCCCAGAACUGGUCCCUAAAACACUGGAUGGCUAUGUCCUGGAGGGGCGGCAAGGCUCCCAGGGCUGGGAGGUGCUAGACCGGGCCGUGGCAGGCACAGAAAUGCAGCUGCUGGUACCUGGACUCAUCAAGGACGUUCUGUACGAGUUCCGCCUCGUGGCCCUCGCAGGCAGCUAUGUCAGCGAUCCGAGCAACACGGCCAACGUGUCCACUUCCGGCCUGGAGGUGUACCCCUCCCGCACGCAGCUGCCAGGCCUCCUGCCCCAGCCGGUCCUGGCCGGCGUGGUGGGCGGGGUCUGCUUCCUGGGCGUGGCUGUCCUCGUGAGCGUCCUGGCCGCCUGCCUGACCAACCGGCGCCGGGCAGCCCGCCGCCGCCGCAAGCGCCUCCGCCAAGAUGCGCCUCUUAUCUUCUCCCCGCCCGGGAAGUCAGCUCCGCACUCUGCUCCGGGUUCGGGCAGUCCUGACAGCGUGGCAAAGCUGAAGCUCCAGGGCUCCCCAGUUCCCAGCCUGCGCCAGAGUCUACUCUGGGGGGAGCCCGCUGGUCCCCCCAGCCCCCCUCCGGAUCCUCCACCUAGCCGGGGCCCCUUACCCCUGGAGCCCAUUUGCCGGGGACCAGACGGCCGCUUUGUGAUGGGACCCAGCGCCGGGACCCCCCAAGAAAGGUCAGGCUCUGAGCGAGCUGAACCUCGGACCCCAUCCCAGCACCAGGCCAGGUCCUAUGACUGCAGCAGCAGCAGCCCCAGUGGGAUGCCCCAGCCCCUCUGCAUUGCAGACAUCAGCCCUGUGGGGCCCCCUCCCGAGGUCCCGCCCAGCCCUCUGCCUGGUCCAGGACCCCUGCUUCAGUACCUGAGCCUGCCCUUCUUCCGGGAGAUGAAUGUGGACGGGGACUGGCCCCCUUUCGAGGAGCCCGGGCCUGCUCCACCCCCAGAUUACAUGGAUACCCGGCCCUGCCCCACCUCAUCUCUCCUUCAGCCCCUGGACUCCGCCACCGUGUCCCCCAGGGCAGCGCUUCCUGGGGCUGUGGUCGGGGCCGGGGCCACCCCAGAGCCCCUGUACACGGCCCUGGCCGACUGGACCCUGAGGGAACGGCUGCUGCCAAGCCUUCUCCCUGCCGCCCCUCGGGGUAGCCUCACCAGCCAGAGCAGCGGGCGGGGCAGCGCCUCGUUCCUUCGGCCCCCCUCCACAGCUCCCUCUGCGGGAGGCAGCUACCUCAGCCCUGCUCCGGGAGACACCGGCAGCUGGGCCAGUGGCCCUGAGAGGUGGCCCCGAAGGGAACACGUGGUGACAGUCAGCAAGAGGAGGAACACAUCUGUGGAUGAAAACUAUGAGUGGGACUCAGAAUUCCCCGGGGACAUGGAAUUGCUGGAGACUCUGCACCUGGGCGCGGCUGGCCCUCGACCCCGACCUGAAGCUGAGCCAGAGCUAGAUGUGAAGACUCCGGAGGAGGGUGGCCUCUUGAACGCUGCCCGUGCUUCUGGCCCCGAGGCCCGCUGUGCUGUCCUCCGGGAGGAAUUCCUAGCUUUCCGUCGCCGCCGCGAUGCCACUAGGGUCCGGCCACCGGUCUAUAGACAGCCAGUGCCCCACCCCGAACAGGCCACUCUGCUGUGAGAGCGCCUGAUAGGAGGCUGGGUGAAGGCACACAGAGCCUGCAGAGGGGAGGCCCCAGCAAGCCCUAGCUCCGGCCUGGAACACUGCUCCUGCAGCUCUGGUGGUGGUGGGCUUGGGUGGGCUUGCUAGGAGGUGUAUAUGCCGGGCCCCCGGAGUCCGGGGACUGGGACAGGGAUCUUAGAUCUGCCCGUGUGUGUGUGAGUGUGUGUGGUGACGGUGAUGGUGUUUGUGGUGUGGGUGAGGUUUUUUACAGGUGAAUAAAGAAAGUCUGACACAUGUU